AUAAUGUAUUUAGCAUAAAAAUAGGUGUAUUCAUAGCAUCCUUCAUACCCUAGUAGUUCUUCAUCGAAUGUAAAAAAGAUGAUAGAGAACUUUUCAUAUGGCUUACAUUAACAAAUUGGAAAAGGAUUUAGUAGCAAAGUAUACAAAGGAUAAAAUGAAGUAACAGGAGAGACAGUAGCCAUUAAGGUAAUUUUAAGUCUAUUUAGGUAAUCGACAAAGCACUUCUUAAAACCCCUUUGCAUCAUGCACUUUUAACAAGUGAAAUUGAAGCAUUAAGUACACUUGAUAGUCAAUAUAUAAUGAAGUUGUAUAAAGUAAUAGCAUACAUUAAACUUAGGUAUUUUAAACAUAAAAUAAUACUUAUUUAAUUACAGAAUUUUGUGAGGAUGGAGACUUAGGUUCUAAGUUAAAUAAAAUUGGUAAGUUUUCUGAAUAAUAAACUUAAAACAUCGUUUUUGGAUUAGUGAAAGCAUAUAAAUUAUUAAAAUAAAAUGGAAUUAUUCAUAGAGAUAUCAAACCAGCAAAUGUAUUAUUAUCAUAAUGUGGAACUCCUAAAUUGGCAGAUUUUGGUUUUGCUACAACUCCAAAUUCUCCACCUUUAUUACCAAAUGUUAAUGUUGGAAGUCCUCUUUAUAUGAGCCCAUAAGCAUUGAAAAAUAAUAAAUACUCUGACAAAUCUGAUAUCUGGGCUAUAGGUGUAUCUGCCUUUGAAAUUUUAUAUGGUUAAGUUCCAUGGUAAGCUACAAGUGAGAAAGAAUUAGCUUAAAAAAUGGUUAAUGUGCCUUUAUAAUUUCCUUCAUCUACUAAAGUUAGUUAAGAAUGUAAGGAAUUUUUAAAGCGUUGUUUAACUGUUAAUGAAAAUGAAAGAGCAAGUAUAGAAGAAUUAGAAAAACAUCCUUGGAUUAAAGGACCAGAGUUAGCUUUUUAAGUUAAUAGGCAACCUACUUUAUUGAAACAGAAGACUCUAGAAUAAACAAAGGAAGGAAAGGAAAAUAGUGCUAAAAAAUUGCCUUGUGAUUCAAUAAAUAGAAGUGCAAAAAAACACACAACAUAAAUUAUUAAGCCUUCAGGAUUGUAAACAAAAUAAAGUAUUAUUUUUAUUUUAAAAUAGCUGAAACAAGUUGCUUUGAUAUUAAAACUACUUCUUCUAAUAUUGAAUAUACAAUAAUGUCAUAGAUUAAUUUUUGUAAAUAUUUAUUUAGAGUUAUCAAUUUAAUUGAAACUUCAAAUUUGAUUAGAAUAGAAUAUUUAAAAGAUAAAUUGAUAUUCUUUGCUUUAAAAAAUAUUAUGAUCAAAAUGUAUAAACUUAAAGAUAUUGUAAAUAUAUUUUUUAUUCUAGGAAUCUAAUCCUCUUGAUAUUAUAGGCUUUGAUAAAUAUAAAACUUCCCCUUAAUUUUAGUCUGUUUAAAUUAUGAUUUAGUCUAAUUUCACCAAAUAUUAAUCCUAUUUUAAAAACAUUUGGCAAAAUUUACAAUUAAAUAAAUCUGAAUUAUAAAUUGAUAAGAAAUUUGAUGCAAUUUUCGAUGAAAAUUUCACUGAAUUUGAAUCUUUUUAUAUUAUUUUCAAUUCUGUUUUAAGAUAGGCUAUAAAAGAAUUACAUAAAGAAAUAGAUAGAAAACUAAUUUCUGAUGAUAUAACCAAGACUUUACCAGGAGAAUUAGAAAAAGAAGUUGUAUUAUUAGAUUAUUUGGUAACAUAUUUUUAACUCAGCCUACUCAUUUUGGAUACUUUUAACAAACCAACUGAAUUUGCUUAAAAAUCAAAAAUAGAACACAUAGCAGAAGGCAGUCCUGUAAGAUUAACAUUUGGUCAUUUUCUAGAAAUUAAAAAUAAGAUAAAUGAUUUAGAGAUUUGA